UCAUGUGACUACUGUGAGGCGAGACUACAGCUGCUCUGUGUACAGUUUCACUUUGUAAAACAGCUGUGACACAGGUUAUCACAUUCAGUGGACUGAUACAUUUCUCAGAAAUUAAAGGCUGCGCCGAUGAGUCGCUCUUUAGUGGAACGGCCACUCACUGUGGCCACAGCGUAUUAUCCACACGUACAGCAUGAGCGUAAACACAACCAGCACACUCUCAGGCGCCACAAGUCUCCUGUGGUGCCCUCUAGUCCCCCACCAAUGGUGUUUUACUGCAAUAUCCCCCGACGAGCCGUCUGUCGAGGGAGGGCGUGCACUGAAAUAAGGAAGGAAGGAGUCUGAGGUGAGAGGGCACAGACCUCGCAGAGAAAGAAGACGUCACAAAACAGCAGCGCGACACGCACGGGAGGUUACACUAUAACUGUCCACGGCGGCUGAAAUGGCAAAACAAGGGGAGUCCAGGAAGUUUGACCCAAACUUCAAGGGUCCGAUCCACAACAGGGGCUGCACAGAUAUUCUCUGCUGUAUUCUUUUCAUCAUAGCCUUGUUUGGGUACUUUGCUGUGGGCAUCCUUGCCUGGUCUCAGGGGGACCCUCGGAAGGUGAUUUAUCCUACAGACAGCAGGGGACAGUUCUGCGGUCAGGCUGGAACGCCUCUAGAGAAGAAGCCUUUUCUCUUCUACUUUAACAUCCUGAAGUGUGCCAGUCCUCUGGUGCUGCUUGACUUUCAGUGUCCUACCACCCAGCUGUGUGUGGAACGCUGUCCUGACAGGCAUCUUACGCUUUUGAGGCUUGGAAGUCAGGCAGACCGUGACUACUAUCAACAAUACUGCAAGGACGGAGUCAAUUUAUCCACGAAAUCUGCUCCUGACAUCCUGAAGGACAAAUUGUGCCCAGCCAUGAUCAUACCCAGUAAAGCCUUCACGCGUCGCUGCCUUCCUGCCUUGGGGACCAUGAAAGGCGGGGUGGUGGUGGUGGGCAACGAAACCACUUUCGAUGAUGGAGGAGGACACACGGUCAAUGCCACAGACAUACUAGCUGCAUCGAAGAAGUCUAAUAUUGUUAUGGAAGCUCGCCAGGUGGCAAUGAGAAUCUUUGAAGACUAUACUCAGUCUUGGCACUGGAUACUUCUAGGUUUGGUGAUAGCCAUGGUCGUCAGCUUGAUUUUCAUCUUCCUGCUGCGAUUCCUGGCUGGUUUCAUGGUCUGGGUCAUCAUCGUCUUGGUUAUUCUAGUCGUCGGAUAUGGUAUUUUCCACUGUUACAUGGAAUAUGACAGUCUGAAGAGCAGGCCAGGGUCUAAUGUCACUAUCCGUGACCUAGGCCUCCAGUUGGACUUCUCUGUCUACCUGCAGAUCAGACAGACCUGGCUGGCCUUCAUGAUCAUCCUGGCUAUUCUGGAGGUCAUCAUCAUCUUGCUGCUCAUCUUCCUCAGGAAGAGAAUCCUCAUCGCCAUAGCGCUCAUCAAAGAGGCUAGCAGGACUAUCCAGCAUGUGAUGUCAUCUCUUUUCUACCCACUGCUGACCUUUGCCCUCCUGGCUGUGGUGAUUGCGUACUGGGCUGUCACUGCUGUUUUCUUGUCCACUUCUAAUGAUCAGGUGUACAAAGUGUUUAAUACGUCAGCGUGUGCAUACGCUAGAGAGACCUGUGACCCCAAGACAUUCAACACCUCCAAUGCCUCAGCUCAGUGUCCCGAUGCAGAGUGUCUGUUCGCCUUCUACGGUGGAGAGACCCUCUACCACAAGUAUCUGAUCCUGCUCCAGUUCUAUAACGUCUUCCUCUUCUUCUGGUGCGCCAACUUUGUGACGGCCCUGGGUCAGGUCACUCUGGCCGGGGCCUUCGCCUCGUAUUACUGGGCCUUCAAGAAGCCGGAUGAUAUUCCCCCCAACCCCAUCUUUUCCUCGCUGGGACGUGCCCUCAGAUACCACACUGGCUCCCUGGCCUUUGGCUCCUUGAUCCUAUCCAUCGUCCAGGUCAUCAAGGUCCUUCUGGAGUACAUGGAUCACAAAUUAAAAGCUGCUCAGAAUAAGUUUGCAAAGUUCCUUCUGAGCUGCAUGAAGUGCUGCUUCUGGUGUCUGGAGAAGUGUAUCAAGUUCCUAAACAGGAACGCCUACAUCAUGAUUGCAAUUUAUGGAAAGAAUUUCUGCACCUCGGCUCGAGAUGCCUUUUUCCUGAUCAUGAGAAACAUUGUCAGGGUCGCUGUUUUAGAUAAAGUCACUGACUUCCUGCUGUUCCUUGGGAAACUUCUCAUUGUUGGUAUUGUUGGCAUUUUCUCUUUUUUCUUCUUCUCUGGAAGAAUUAAAGCGGUGGAAAGUGCUGCUCCCUCAUUAAAUUACUACUGGGUUCCAAUACUAACCUUGGUGGUGGGAUCCUACCUCAUCGCCCAUGGAUUCUUCAGCGUGUACGCGAUGUGUGUGGACACACUCUUCCUCUGUUUCUGUGAGGAUUUGGAAAGAAACGACGGGUCUCCUGAGAGACCUUACUUCAUGUCCCCAGAGCUGCACGAUAUCCUCUCCAAAGCAACAAGGGCGGAGGACGAUCGAGACGGCGUGGAGCCGUCCGACUCUGCCAAGCAGCUGGACGAGGUGAGACUGGAGGAAGAAACGCCUCUGCAGCAGCAGCAGGACGGGGAGAUCCAGCUGAAACAGCAGGGGGUGCUCAAGCAGGACAACGAAGAGGAGCGACCGCUGCAGGCGAACGCCGACGCCGAGGAGCCGAAAGAGGAGAAGGCCGCGGGCGCCGAGACGAGUCAGGGGGAGGAAACCGAGAAGGAAGACGAAGCGGAGGUGAAGGAGCCCACAGAAAACCAGGAGCUGAAACCGGGGGAGAAGAAAGAGGAGGCGGCGCCUGCGGCUGCACAGGUGGAAAAGGAGGAGCCUGGUGAGAAGCAGGAGGCAGUAGAGGAGCCUAAGGAAGGAAGCGCUCCGUCUGCACCACAGCAGUAGACGAACAGCCGAACAGCGAGGCCUGGUAAACCUCAUGGAGCUGUGACGUGGACCUGCUCAAUGUACAGCGUAGGGCAAAAUAAAAGGACGGGCGACGGGCGGCGCGGGAGGACGAAGGCCGACGCAGGUGAAAAGCCCAGUGCAUCUCUGUAGCUUGAGAACAAACGCUCCGUUGUGUUGGUUUUAGAACAGUGUUGUGAAGGUCUGUAGAACACAUUGUAGAGUGCUGACCCCGUGCCUGAUUGCUGUCACUAAUCUUUGUCGUCUUAAUGCUGUCGAUGGACGCGCUACAGAACCACUCACAUGUUCACCGUGUUUACAGUCGGAACAAACGCAUCUCAGUCAAUGGUGAAUCUCUCCCACUGUUUACAAUAAAACCAGCUGACGCCAAAUCUUACAGACAUAUUUAAUAUUAGAUAUGUUUUUCCUAUGGAACUUUUGUGUAUGUAUUCAGUAGUGGAUGUCCGUUGUGUAUUUUUUUUUUGCUUCAGUACAACUCACAGAGUUGGGAUCCAGGUAUUGUAUAGCCACCUCCUUGCCUUGGUAUUUCAGACUGUUUUAAGUGCUGUGAUUGUGUCACCGUGACGCAACCGUUGUGAUCUCCUCCGCGGACGCUCCAGUUGUCUCCUGAACCUUCCCACCCGGCUCUGUCCCUAUCCUCCCCUUGUCCAGCUCUCCUUCUCUAAGUGCUGCAUGGUGUUGACAUGGCCUUCUGAAUGCUUGCAACUAACCUCUUACAUCUAUGGAUGCUUUUGUACCUUUUUCAUGUUCGUCACCUUGUGAAGAUGUAAGUUGGUUUUUCCACUGAGUUUACUGAUGACAUUCCAUAUUUACUGGAUGUAACGCUUCAUUAAAGGUGAUUGUAUUUAAUCACUGUAGUUCUAUUAAUGUGUAAAUGGGGUUCAGCAGCUGGGAACAGGUGAGUGUUCAUGUUAAAAGCCAGAAAGAACAUACUUUCCUCCUCAGUGGGUUUGUUGAAGAAGGGUUUUUAAAAUAUAAGCGCACAAAAGCACUAGAGAGGAGUCAGAUUAGUAAAUCUAUAUUUGUAAAGGACACAUGCAUUGAUUUGCUACUCGUGUCUUAAUAACCUGACACUCACGCAGCAAAAUGAUGCUUUUCACCCUGAUGCAAAAUGAAUCUAAACUAAAUUGCUCGUUCAACUGUUCAUUUUUAAUGAACUGAUCUGAAAGACAGUGCUGCAGUGUAAUAGUUUAGUGUCACCACGCUGUCGGAACUUCAGUCUGUUGUUGCUCAAAUCUUUCUGCUCAUGUCACAGUGGAGGACUCUGAGCGCAACGAUGGAUCAUCAGGGAGGCCGGUUUUCAUGUCACAGAACCUGCGAGACCUCCUAUAUAAGUCCAAGAAGGAGCCCACACCUGCAAACUAAGCGUGUGUGUGCCUGCGUGUGUGUGUGUGACUUUACAAUAACAGGGAUUCAUUGACGCUUGUAAAUUAUUGAACCCUUCACACCCAAGGGACCAUUUUGUAUUGUACAUUGUACUUGUUCUUUGUGUAUAUUCCAUAAUCAGCCUUAGUGGCAGUUCUGAAUAUCUUUGAAUGAAUCUCUUUUAUGGUAGACGUAGAGGAGCAUUGCUCAGUAUCAGCAUCAGAGCAGUUGAACUAAGCAUAUUGCACUGUAUCAAACUUCACCAAAGCAAAGCUAAAACGCUUGGACAUAGUCGACGCCUUAAGAGAUUUCACAGAACCCAGGUUGAUUAACUUGGUUGGUAUUUGUAUGGUUUGUGUAUUUGUGUGUCCACUGGACGGAUCCACAAUUAAUGUACUUUGAGUUGGUUUUUUCAAGUUUUGCAUUGCCCUUGUUUUGUUUAAAACUAAUAAAACUUUGUGUACUCGUAA